AUGGGGCAAGCCACCUCCACCCACGGCCACAUCCUAGGCGAGGCCGACGACGCCACCGCCGCUCAACAGGAUCAAGACUUCUCCUCCGGCAUCCCCGACGGAUGCCUCGCCUUGAUCUUCCAACGCCUCUCCCCCGCCGACAGAACCAACUGCCUCCUCGUCUGUCGCCGCUGGCUCGUGGUGGAGGGCCAGAACCGCCGCCGCCUCUCCCUCAACGCCUCCUCCCGCGUCACCGCCCUCCUCCCCUCCCUCUUCACCCGCUUCGACUCCCUCACCUCCCUCUCCCUCCUCUGCUCCCGCACCUCCACCAGCAUCAACGACCACGCCCUCAUCCUCAUCUCCCAGCGCUGCCUCAACCUCUCCCACCUCACCCUCCGCCGCUGCCGCGAAGUCUCCCCCGUCGGCAUCCUCGCCCUCGCCCAAAACUGCAAAUCCUUAACCAAAUUCUCAUGCACCUCGUGCACCUUCGGAGAUAAGGGCAUGUCCGCUCUCCUCAACAACUCCACCUCUCUUGAACAACUCUCCGUCAAGCGAUUGCGCGGAAUCAAAGACGGACAGGGCUUUGAACUCAGCCCCGGCGUCACAAGCUCCCGCCUUAGAUCACUCAAGCUUAAGAAGCUUUACAACGGACAAUGCUUCUCCCGCUUAAUCACCGAAUCAAACAACCUCACAAAUCUAAAGAUUUCAAGCUGUUUAGGGAAUUGGGACGGAAUAAUCCGCGCUGCCAUGACUAAAAACAACGCAUUCAAACAGAUUCACCUGGAGAAGAUCCAGGUGAGCGACGUCGCGCUAUUCGCAAUCUCCAAAUGCUUAAGACUAGAGGAGUUCAAAUUAGCAAAAGCUCCUGAUUUCUCCAACGAAGGAAUCUCCGCUGUUGUAACAAAAUGCAAGCUCUUGCAAAAGCUCCACAUUGAUGGUUGCCGGAGCAACCGCAUCGGCGAUCCAUCAGUGAUGGCGAUAGCGGAGAGCAGUGCCAACCUAGUUAAGCUUGUUCUAGUUGGGGUGAGUGUUACCUCGGUGAGCUUAACUGCCAUCGCCUCGAGCUGUGAAAAGCUCGAGACGCUGGCGUUGUCUGGGAGCAGGACGGUCGGGGACAAUGAGAUAUCGUGUGUAGCAUCGAGGUGCAUGGCUUUAAGGAAGCUGUGUGUAAAGAGGUGCCGGGUGACGGAUGCGGGGAUCGAGGCGGUGGCCAACGGGUGCCCGAAUUUGGUGAGGAUUAAGGUGGAGAAGUGUAGAGGGGUGUCUAGGGGAAUGGUGGAGAAGCUUAGGGAGAGGAGGGGAUCGUUGGUUGUGGAUUUGUGUGUGGAUGAGGCUGAGGCUAAGAUGGUUCGUGCCAAGAUUUUCGCGAUCGUUUUCGUCUUCACAUUUUAUGCGAUUCUGUUGUUGAGAAAUUAUCUCUUGUGAAGGGGUUAUGUAUUCUUCAUCUUGGGGGUGGAAUGACUUGCUAAAUAUUGAUUUGUAACUUUGGAUAUUCUCCAACUACGUUACUAUAUUGUGGUUGAUAUCUAGAAGGAAAUGAGUUUUGUGAACAAAACCUUACCGUUACUCUUGUUUUAUCGCCAUUUUAAAGUUAAGGGAUGGAUAGAUCGUGAAUGGUAUGUUUUUUGUCUUUGUUCAGUAGUUACCUAAUGUAAUUGGAUAGACUGUAAGAAUGAUAGACUUAGCAUAAUUUCUUAUAGUGUAUUUGAUACUAUUGUUUAUCCAGUAUG